AGAGAGAGAGAGAGAGAGAGAGAGAGAGAGAGAAUAUGGAUGCUUGGCUGUGUAGCAAUGGAGGCUCCAAUCUGUUUCUUCUUCGGAUGUUGAUGAUCUUUUGUUUUUGUAAUUUUGUUGCAAAUGCUUCUUUCAAUGUCAGUACAAUCCGUUUCAAUGAAGGUUUAUCGCCUCUUUUUGGAGACAGCAAUCUUGUUCGUUCUCCUGACGGCAAAUCCGUUCGACUUCUCCUCGAUCGCUUCACCGGCUCAGGAUUCAUCUCGUCCAAGAUGUAUAAUCAUGGAUUCUUCAGCGCCAGAAUCAAAUUGCCGUCCGAUUACACCGCUGGAAUCGUUGUAGCCUUCUACACCUCGAACGGAGACGUAUUCGAGAAGAAUCAUGACGAGCUGGACUUUGAGUUCUUAGGGAACAUAGACGGGAAGCCAUGGAGGUUUCAGACAAAUCUGUACGGAAACGGAAGCACGAACAGGGGGCGGGAGGAGCGGUACCGGCUCUGGUUCGACCCUUCCAAGGAGUUCCACCGGUACAGCAUUCAUUGGAGCGCUCACAAUAUUAUAUUUUACAUUGACGAAGUUCCCAUUAGAGAAGUGGUGAGAAAUGAAGCAAUGGGUGGAGAUUACCCAUCAAAGCCAAUGUCUUUAUACGCCACAAUUUGGGAUGCCAGCAAUUGGGCAACCUCAGGAGGCAAAUACAAAGUCAACUAUAAAUAUGCACCCUUUGUUUCUGAAUUCAAGGACUUUGUUUUGGAUGGUUGCGCCUCUGAUCCCAUUCAAGAAGUUCUAGAAGCUUCCAACUGCACCAACCUCAACGCCCGUCUUAACGCUCGAGACUUCGCCACUAUAACCGCGGGGCGUCGCGCUGCCAUGCGCAAUUUUCGCGAGCAUUAUAUGUACUAUUCAUACUGUUACGAUUUACUCCGAUAUCCUACUCCACCUCCAGAAUGCGUCAUUAUUUCAACUGAGCAACAACGUUUCAAGAACACUGGAAGGCUGAAGUUCGGCGGUAGCCAUCGUCGUCGCUCGAAGCGGCGCAACAAGAAGAACCCAAGUGAUUUUGUGAACAAUGAAUCAAGUAUGUAAUAAUGUGUGCACACGGAAGUAAUUUUUUUGUCUGUUUAUAAAUUUGGUGUACGUUGUUUCAAUAAUAAACUUUUAUAAAUAUAUUUGUUUA